UGAAGUGCUACGUUUUACUUUUGUCCGUAUUGGUCGUUUGCUUUUUAAUUGAGAAUGCAGUUGGAAGCCCCAAAAAACUACCACCAAGUCAAAAAUCAGCAAUUAAAAAAACCAAAAAGCAAGGAAGGCGAGACUACGUUGUCAAGUGUUGCGGAAACAAGAAAUGCUCAUCUCAGAUCUUAAAGCGAACUUUGUCAACAUUACCAAGAACGAGAUCAUCUACAAACAAAUCCAUCUCUGAAGCCAAAACAGAAGAAGGAACAAAACGAAUUGAGAGUAGUUCUGAAAGUCAAACGGCAUCGGAAAACAUCAUAACUGAUGGUUCUAUGACAGAAUCAAUCAAAAGUGAAUCGCAAUCGCCCAGUGCAAUUUUUCCCACGGUUGCCGCAGAGUAUCCUGCAACAAUGAACAGUGCAAUUGUCGCCAGCAUGGCCUCACUUCCUCAGGCAGAGGCCAUUUCCGACAGUCUAUCAACUUCAACCGAAUUGACGUCAGCAACAAAUACUUAUAAUUCGGCGGAACCUAGUUUGAGUAGCGAGACAACAAUUAAUGCUCCACGAUCCAUUCCGACAAACACAACAACCUCGACUGCUAAUACAAAACCAAGAAAUCUGCAGUGUGAGGCAUCCAGAUGCGAGAAACUGACUUUUGGUCAAACAACAAGUAAUGCCACAAUUCAAACAAGAAAUAAAGGAAAGGUUAUUGUAAAAAGCGGCAGAACCUACUUAAUGAUGCCCAAUGUCGAAAGUCAAGCACAGGCGGCCAAAAACUGUUAUUCCUUCAACAUGACUCUUGUGGCCAUUCAGGAAAUUACAAAAAUUCAAAUAGUGCAGCAAAUUAUGAAAAAUCUGGAUAUUUCAAUUAUUUGGACUGGGGGAUCAAAUGAAGGAAACGAUUCUUGCUUGAAUUAUGAUUUGAAAUUUUCUUGGUGUCCGACAAACGUGGACAUUGCAUCAGUAAUUUCAGAUAAAGUCAAUGGAUCCAGUGUGUCAGAUUUGGCGCAGAAAGCUUUAGCUUUGGACGGCACGCUUGCUUAUUUUCUAGCAAUCCCUUCAAUUACAAAAUUACCAUAUUUGUGCGAGCUGAUUUAUUUAAAAAUGGAGACCAAAGAUACAUGCUCAGCAUUAACGAGCGGUAAAAAUACUUCACUUUUUGAUGCAAAUGGGAGUUUACGAGAUAGUGAAAAAUACGGAAAGUGGAUCAACGUCUGCAAUAAGAUUUACCUUUUUUCUAAUAAACUUGGAACGUGGCAGCAGAGUUGGGACACGUGUUGUAGCCUCGGCAUGCGUCCCGUUUGGUUUCAAGACGCGUCCGACAUGGCGUGUCUGUCGAACGCGACCAAAAGCAACUGGACGUUGAAUUACAAUUACUGGACGGCCGGGCAUGCGCAGGGGUCGUGGGGUCAGUGGGCCUUUUGCGCCCCCGGCGGCCCCCUCACCCUGCCCGACUUGCUCUCGUGGGCGGCCGGACAGCCGGACAAUGCCAGUCCGGACGAAUUGUGUCUGCACAUGCAGGUCGGCAAAAAUGGAACCAAUCUCACGCUCAGCGACCGGAACUGCUCACACAAAUAUGUCAUCGCAUGUCAGAGCGCAACAAAUAUAGCAAAACUUUGUAGUAAACCGAAUUGCCCUUCAAAUUGUGAGAAAAAUCAAACGCUCUUCAAUGGUAGUGUUUUGACCGAUCUCUUCGUUCACGGUCAAUGGAAUUCUAGAUGUGGGAAGGAAUACUUGUUUUCGUCAAAAUCCAUGACAUGGGAAAAUGCUUGGUCAUAUUGCUGUGCUAUUGGGAUGAAACUGACCUCAAUUGAGACUGUGAAUGAGUUGCAGUGUUUGACAGAAAUGGUUGCAAAAUAUCCUGCAGCAGUUUACCCAUAUACAACUGGGAAAGACUUUUGGACUUCAGGGACUAACACAGGUUGCCCAGGUCCACAGUUUUGGUGCUCGGAAAACGACAAGAUCCUAAAAGAGGAGAUUGUCAAUUGGAAGGACGGAAAAUUUCCAACGGAAAAAGCGGAAAUGUGCAUUUUCAUAAAUCUUUCGAACACAACCGUGAAUGAAACGUAUCUUGGAGAAGAAAGCUGCUCCCAAGAAAAACCAUUCAUUUGUGAAACUUUCAAAGCUGGUAACAAAUCCAUGCAAAUUCAUCGUUCCUGUGAAGAAAUUUGGAACGUGACAAAGCAAGAGGUCGACUUGAUCGUGAUGAAUGCGACAGUCGACGUAACAAGCCGGAAUAGAAACCUGAAAUGCUAUAUCAGAUGUUGCGGGAAAAAAGGAAACAUUAUAAAAAAUGGAGUAAUGGCCUCGGAUCAAAUUUUACGUGGCCUCGAAGAACUCACUGCUGACGAUCCGCCAGCAAUGCAGGGCGCAUUUAGCACUUUUGAAUCCUGUUCCACCUUCAGCAGCAACGACGAAUGCGUGACCAUGGCCGAAAUUUUCCAAUGUGGAAAAAAUAAAGCUCCAGAACUUACGAGUGGACUUGUUUCUUUAAACAAAGGCGACGCUACCAUUAUGUCGUCCCCCACUGGAGGUAUUUUCACACCAUACCGAGUUUGCCUUCCGUUUCCUUCUUGCUUGCCCAAUGCAUCACAAAUAGAUGAGCUGAAAACCACUGGUGCAUUGUCAUCAGGAGGAAACAUACUGACCACAUCAACAGGAAAAAGGUACUUAUGGAAGCCAAUAAUGGGAUGGACUGUCGCACAAGCCCACGCACAGUGUUGUGCAAUUGGAUCGGAUCUUGCAAUUUUUGAAACAUUGGCAGACUUCAACGCGUUUGUGCAAAUAUUACCUGUAAUGACGGGCAAGUGGGCUUUCAUUGGUUCAACUUUUGACAACGGCGACGGCACAGACAGUUGGUGCUCAACGUACAAAAAACUUCCAGUUGGGCUGAUUACAGACAUUGGCAUGUACUACAGAACCAAAGCGUUUUCCAAUCAAAUUUACUUAUUCCAGACUGGCCUCACUUUGUCUCCCAUCGGAAGAUUAACAAUAAAUUUUGCCGCAUGCGGACCUCUACCUUAUUGAUUUGCACUUGAUUCUGAUAACAAUGUUUUGAGCCGAUAAAUCUAAGUUAAAUCGUUAAAUGUAGUACAUUAUACACGGACUUUGAUCAUUCAAAAUUAUCAAUGUUAAAAUUAGAAUAGAAAAAUAUAAGAACAUGUUGAA